AUGACUCUCUCAAACCUAAGCAAAGGCAGUUCCGAAGAUACUGGAUGCGAUCCCGGUUUCUACGCGACGAACAACGAGGACCAGCGUCAUUUGAACCUCAAGGCGUUGGACAUGGUAGAGAAGGACUUAGAACACAGGUACGACAGAACCGUGCACUUCUUGGACCUCGGCUGCGGUACGGGAGACUUCACGUGUCAGUGCCUCCUACCAAGAUGCCCACCUUGCGCAAGCAUCGUCGCUGUCGACUGCUCGGAGGAGAUGCUGUCGUACGCUCGCCAAACGUUCUCCCAUCCUCGCAUCGAGUACGACCGUCUGGACAUUAGUGGCAAUGUUGCCGACUUUGCGGCCAAGUACGGCACCUUCGAUCGUAUCUACUCCUUCUUCUGUCUUAACUGGGUUCGAGACCAGCACCAAGCAAUGAAAAACGUGUCCAGCCUUCUGUCGUCAGGCGGAGAGUGUGUUCUCGUCUUCCCAGCCUGGUCCCGGUCGCGGGUGCCUUGGACGAAGCUCGCGCGUCUCGAUCGUUGGCGCAGGCAUAAGGAACUCUUCGAAAGCUUUGUACCCAACAGUCAGGACAUUGAAGAUGACAGUGCAAGGUUGUCGUACUUACGGGAAAUGGUCAGAUCAUCUCACAUGGAGCUUCGCAGGUUCGAAAGCUUCCUUUACAAGCCACGUGUGUGGAACGCUGAAGUGGCUAUAGAUUUUCAGACGACCCUCAAUCCAGAGCUGAGGUUGCUUUCCCCCGAAGAGAAGACACGACUGAAGAAGGACGUAACUCGGGCCCUUACAGAGUUCGACACCGGUGAAGGAUUGGGCAAAGAAAACUGCAUAUGUGUUGUUCAUGCAAGGAAGUGCAUCGCGUAAUCCCGCGAUUAUGCAGUAUUGCUCACACCUGAACAGUG